AUGCAGAGUGACAUCACAAUUCAGCCAGCAAAGGAUGGGAAUAAUGAGGAGGAGGGGAGGCAGUGCUGAGUGUUUGGAAGCAGCCACCACGCACAGAGAUCUGCAGUCAGAACCCAGCAGCUCAGGCGCCUGGUCCCCCUGCCCUGACACAGCUCUGUAUGACACUCACCAAGAUGUCAUGGCGUCCGCAGUACCGAAGCUCUAAAUUCCGGAAUGUGUACGGCAAGGUUGCAAGCCGAGAGAACUGUUAUGAAUGUAUCCCCAUUACCAAGAAUGUGCAUGACAACCCCUUCUGUGCGGUUAACAUCAAGUUCAUUGCAAUUGUCACAGAGAGUGCGGGAGGGGGCUCAUUUCUUGUUAUUCCCCUUCAUCAGACUGGACGCAUUGAGCCCAAUCACCCCAAGGUGUGUGGGCACCAGGGCACAGUACUGGAUAUUAAAUGGAACCCGUUCAUUGAGAAUGUCAUCGCCUCCUGCUCCGAGGAUAGUUCGGUCAGGAUAUGGGAAAUUCCAGAUGGCGGACUCAAGAGGAACAUGACUGAGGCAGUAUUGGAGCUCUAUGGACACAGUCGAAGGGUGGGACUCAUAGAAUGGCAUCCUACUGCUAACAACAUACUGUUCAGUGCUGGGUAUGACUACAAGAUACUGAUAUGGAAUCUUGAAGAAGGAGAAGCAGUGAAGAUGAUAGAUUGUCACGCAGAUGUUAUCCUGUGUAUGUCAUUUAACAUGGAUGGAAGUCUGCUGGCCACAACCUGCAAGGACAAGAAAUUGCGUGUACUUGAACCUCGAUCAGGACGGGUACUGCAGGUAGCAAAUUGCAAAAACCACAGGGUGACACGUGUUAUUUUCCUGGGAGACAUGAAGCGUCUGCUAACAACGGGCGUCUCCAGGUGGAAUACAAGGCAGAUAGCACUAUGGGACCAGGAGGACUUAUCAAUGCCCUUGGUUGAAGAAGAAAUAGAUGGGCUUUCUGGGCAGCUCUUUCCGUUCUAUGACAUGGACACCCACAUGCUGUAUCUGGCUGGAAAGGGAGAUGGUAACAUACGGUAUUACGAAAUAACAGUGGAGAAACCAUUCCUGACGUACCUCAUGGAGUUCCGUUCUGCCGCACCUCAGAAAGGCCUUGGGGUAAUGCCAAAACAUGGACUAGAUGUGUCAGCAUGUGAGAUAUUCCGUUUUUACAAGCUGGUGACUUUGAAGAACCAAAUAGAACCAAUAUCUAUGAUAGUUCCAAGAAGGUCGGAAACUUACCAGGAAGACAUUUACCCUAUGACACCGGGAAUGGAACCAGCACUAAGUCCUACUGAAUGGUUAAGUGGCAUCAACAGAGAUCCUGUUCUGAUAAGUCUUAAAGAGGGAUACCGGAAGGAAACCAAAGCUACGUUCAAAGCACCAAUGAGAGAGAAAAAGAGUUUAGUGGUGAAUGGCAUCGAUCUACUAGAAAAUGUGCCACCUCGGACUGAAAACGAAUUGCUGCGCAUGUUCUAUCGGCAGCAAGAUGAGAUCCGUCGUCUGAAGGAACAGCUGGCUCACAGAGACCUCAACAUCCGACAACUGGAACUGGAGCUCAGAAACCUGAGGAAUAGUCCAAAAGAGAGCUAGACAUCCUCACCAUUCCUAAAGAGAUUAUGUAUUGUACCAGGGACAGACAAAUUUUUCAUGUAUAAGAGCUCUUGAGGUUUCUGUAUAUAGACUAACUAGCCCUACAAUGCCUUGCAAAGGCACAUUAAGGCUUGUGUAUCCAACUGCACUAAUUGCACAGAUUAUCCAUUUAUCCGACAGGGUUCCUGCAUAUAACCAAAUGGAACUUCCUCCUACACUUGCCUUAACCUUGCCAUUUACAAGACCCCAAUCAGUGCCCACUAAACCUAAAUGGAUUACUUCCAAUAACUAUAUUCUUACAAGACACAAUCAAUCUUAGUGGGAGGAAUCCAUGGGUCUAAUGUAGUAACUUCUUUCAAUCUCCUCUUACCAGCGAGAUUUGAGAAAUAUAUUUUAUAUAACCAAUGGCAAUGAAGAUUGAUUCCUCCUUAAAGAAGCAGGGGUUUUUAGAAAACCAUAAAGCCAUAAGAAUAUUUGAUAUAUGCUAUAAGAAAUAAAGCACUAGGGAGCUUCUCCCUCAAUCUUCUACUUAUGCAUUCUCCACUCCUUCUCCUGUACCCUGUAGUGUUCCCCAUUGAACCCCAUUACACACAUUCUCAUGCUAGUUAGCUCACAUCUCUCACUUCCAGCGGAGCACUUUAAAUCUGGCGGACCUGACUCUAGCUGGUUGGCCUCUUAUUUAUUGCUAAUCAUCACUUCCUAUGCAAAGUGAAAUAUUACAACCAUUAACCUUCUAAACAGACAUUGGACAUUUAUGACAAAGAAUGUUCUGUAACUGAUGCUGAAAAUAAAGGUUGAAAGCUGA